AUGCGUCGGCAGUGGCCUCGUCCCUCGCGUCCAGCGCCGACGGCUCAAUCUCUCCUGCCCCCGACGAGGCCUUCAAUGCCGCGAUGUAUUCCUCGUAGUCGGGGUCCUCAUCGUCGGAGUCCUCGUGGUGGUGGUGGUGGUGAUGGUGACGGCGGAAGGAGGUGGCGCCGCCGUUGGAGAAAGAGUCACCGGCGCCGGAGACGAAGGGGGAGGGCAGCUUGCCGCCGCCCUUCUCGAGGUAGCCGAACCGCCGAUCAUCGACAGAAGUCACCAUUAAAGCACACACGCCUCUCGACAGAUGGGCGACUAGAGGGGGGCGAGUCUUCGUCGGCAAGGUGUCUAGGAAAGUUGCAGAUUUAUAAAGCAGGUGGAACGAGGGCCGGGGGAGAGGGGACGAACCUCGGCCAUAAACUAGGCUCUGGGGACGACGUGUUCAUCUCCCCGCCUGUGCCGCCGUCGCGGGCGGGCCCGCCGGCACGUCUUCCCUCGGAUUUCCAACAAGAAAAGCUCCCAGCGGUAGGGAAAGGCGAGGGGUCACCCCACCCCGCCGCUGCCCCUCUCAAGUUGCAGGGGGUGGGCUGGGGAUGACGACGAAUGACGGAAAUUCCUGCUGCCCAUUUGACCUUUCCCCUACCCACCGCCGUGUUCGACGGCGGCAGCCUUGGGUUUUCCGGUCAUGCGGCGGGGCAUGGCUGGCCUGGGCGGCCGCGCCCCGCCCCUCCGUUAGGCCAAGGGGCGCCUCGACGGGAGCUUUCUUUGGGGAAGCGGCGAGCGGAGCUCGCGGCUUCUGUAGGGGUAGUCUCGUACCAGGAGAGCGCGUUGGGGGAGGGCGGCUCUAGGGAUUGACGGAGGGACAAGAGGCGGCCGUCUGGGCUCGUCCCCACCCCUUGGCGCACCCGCCGGCCUCGCCCCACAGUUCUCUCGCGCGCCGCGGUUUCGGGCAUCGGGUCCUAGUUUGGCUCCUGCCCAUCUAGAGAGAGAGAUUGACGUCAUGACAGACAGAAGAUCUUCUGGGGCAAAGCUGGGAAUCUCCAAGAGGAUGCCGCAGAUCAUUCUCUCCACCAAAGCAAGCAUAUCAUCCACACAAUUUAUUCCUAGAACUAUGGGACCAUAAGUGGACAAAAGCUUUGCGAAGCUUGAUCUAGUCAAGUCGUCGAAAUGAGCGUUGACUUGGACGUAAGCGUUGAAUAAUACAUUCCUGCAUGAAAAAUGACGCGGCAUGCACUGGCCUAAAACCUUUGUUCCGAGGGCAUAAGGGUCUCGUCAGCGCGGCAACAUUUCUUGUCUUCGGAUAUUUUAAGAAUAAGUUGACAUUAUUUUCUGUGUUCUUCAUUAAAUGCCCCAUACGUCACGUGUAACUACUAUUCUGGGAACAAGAAGUUGUUCAUUGCAUUUUUUUUGGUAUUUUAAUGAUUGGUCAACCAUUUGAACAAAGAUGCAUGUAGCAUGUAACGUGGUGCUCUCAAAGCCCCCCAACCAUAGUGAUUCCCAGAUGUAAGACACCUUAGCGAGCCUUGUUCAUCGCCAAAUUCUAACUAA